AUGUCCAUGCCACGCCCUUUAAUCAUCGAGCUCAAUCGCUGCUUCGAACCCAAUGCCUUCAACACCGGACCAUCUCUUACCGCCUUAAUCGCCGCUCAAAAAGCAAAGGAGGCAAAGGCGAAGCUCGCCGACGACCGACCAACCCCUACCCAAAGCAGCUUCUCCUCCGUUGAGGAAGUUCUUUCCGAGUUCGAUAUCCCAGAUCUCACGGCUUCGCCAGCGAGUUCCACCUCGACGCUUUCUUCACUGUCCCUGGAAGAUGAAGAAAUCAGGCGUAUUUUCUCCAACCCGGACCCUAUGUACGACGCCCUGGUGGAAGCUUCUCCCCUUCUCCUCGACGGUAAUCUCUCUCUCGACUUUUUGCAACGCGAAAGCCUGGAUAUCACGACCCUCAAGAAAGACGAGCUGAACCCGCGGGCAGCGCCUUUCGUUCCCUCCUUCACUCCUCCACCUACGGUGCAUAACCCUCUCAAUGCUCCAUACAUCUCACCUAUCGACCUUGACAACAGCGACGACAUGCUCAUUCCGCCCCUCGACCUCGAGUUGUAUGCAUCACCUUCGCCACAGUGGUGUCUCGUACCCCAAGAAGACAUGCAACUCGUGAACUACAGCACCCCUCUUCCGGUCUUCAGCUCUCCCCAUAUCCAAAGCACCACCUUCGCGCCCCUCUACCCUCCAGGUCUUCCUCAUCCUCCACACAAGGCCCUCGAAGUCGCCCUACAAGCAGAGGCAGUAGUCCCGGCUGCACUGCCCCCUCCGGUGUACCUUCCGCUCCUCAUGGACGCGUUGAAGGUCACCACGACCCCUCGCGAGCGUGAGGUCCUUCUCGGUGUCAUAUUCGAUCCAAAUACGUGCUACGUCGAUUGGAACUUCGACAGCCUCUUAGGGCUUGUUGAACAUCUGUUCAUCGGCACGUUUGGGACAGAAGCUGAGUGGUUGGCCGACCAGAACACCCCCGCACGCGAACCAGCUUGUUACGUCACCCCCGGAUCAUCUAUUUCGUCCUCGGAGGAGAGUCCUGCCAUGACAAGUGAAGAAGCAUUCGCAGAGGUUGCGCAGGAGCUGCACAAGCAGUUGAACGAGAAGUUAGGCGAAGACUAUGGGAAGACGUUCGUAUGGCACCUGCGAGAAACCCUUUUGGGAAAGUUCCUUCGAGCUUGGGACACGACCAACCCCUCUGCCAUCACCUUUCAAUCCAACCUACCGUCCGGCUACGUCCAUGCCUCGCUCUCCCUCUGCAAAGCAAUCGGCGCAGUCUUCCAACGAGGCAUCCUAUGGCGGGAACACGUCGACCUAUGCCUACGCGCCCUUCUCAAGGACCUCGUCUCCGUCGAGCACGUUGAAGCGCUCGCCCUUAUUGUCCUCGGAUGCGGAAAGACGUUUUGGGACCCACCUGCGUCUCUCCUCAUCGCUCCGCCGCCCAAUGCCUCUUCCACUGUUCCCGACACCCCAACGAUUGCAUCUCGUCCACCAAGCUCGCCUCCGAGGCUCGAAGAGAUGACAGGACAUGCGAGGUAUGCGCUUACGACGCACGUGGCGAACUUCCUUGAUGCACUUGAGGGCAGCGUGGUUGGGAGAGGGAUCAAUGACGCCGCUAGUGUGCUCGGUCAGCCGUGGGGUGCUGCCCAGCUGGAAGCGAGGGUCCAGGAGAUCGUGAGUACUGUGAAAAGCUGGGAGGAGGCCUUCUUGGCGAUGAUCCAGCCGGCGGCUGAAGCAGCUUAA